AUGGCUCAAAUAGGCUUACCCCGGUGUCGUAAUCUUACGGCCGAAGCUAUCUUUGGCCACGCCCGGAAGCGGCAGGUCCAGGCUGAGAUCGUGCAGGUCUUGGUUGAUGUGAGGGGAUAUACCCUGGACCUUGUUACUAACAGUAUGGAGCUGGUUGCGUUGCUCGAGAACCACGAGAAUCGGCUUCGCCAUAUCCAAGAGCUGCUCGAAGGAGGUUGGAUUUGUUUCCGGGGUGGGGCCAUGGUUGAUUCAGGAUGA